UCAUUCUUUAUUCUAUGGUCUGUUGUAGCUGCUGCGAAAUGAAAGGAGUGUUGCACCAAUGGAUGUACCCACGUGGAUUUGUUUCGCGCAGGUCUGCACGCGGCAAGCUGGCGACGCGCUGCCGAUUAGGCAUGCUGAUUUAUGGUGAAGGGCGCGCGCAUGUGCUUCGUCGCUCUACACGGAAGUACUCGUGUCGGCAACAGCUGAGCUGAGGAUAGCGGCAACGAUGAUUCUCCACUGGCUGGAGUGUGCGGCAUUUCAUAUUGAAACUUGGUUCAAAAUACACCUCAUUGCUGCGGAGUACUUUUUCAAAGAAUGCGCGCAGCGGUUCAAAAGUGUAUAUUCUCUGCCGGCACCAAAAACAUAUUGCUCUGUGGACAAGAAAACUGCUGUCGUUACUGGCGGAACGCAGGGUUUAGGGUUGGAAACGGUCAGAGCCUUGCUAGCUCUAAACGCUCGAGUCAUUGUCGGCAAGUUUCGUACUUUCACUUAUAUGAAGACCCUGUCUUACUUUCACUUAUGUGUAUGCACAUAUAUUUUGCAUGAAUGCAAAAUAUUUUUAGGAAGUUCUUCACCAGUACGAUCUCUAAACACCAAGAAAUGCCUGGAAGAAGACAUCCCUGGAUGUGAAGUGGAAAUACUGCCACUUGACCUCAGGUCGAUGUCGUCUGUUGACAAUUUCGCGCAGGAAAUUCUCCGGCGCAAUGUCGUCGUAGAUAUACUCAUCUGUGGUGCAGGGGUCAUGUUCAAUCCAUACCAAGAGACUGAAGAUGGGUUCGAAUCGCAUCUGAGUAUCAACUACCUUGGCCACUGCCUUUUGACGGCGUUACUGCUUCCACGAUUAAUAUCUGCCGGAACACCGAAGAGGAUGGCUAGGAUAGUUAACGUUUCCUCCUGUGUGCACAAAGUUGCCCGCAUAAACUUCGAUGACAUGCACAGCAGAAAGCUCUAUUCAAGUUACUUCGGCUAUGCACAAUCUAAGCUAGCCCAAGUGAUGUUCACUCAGUCACUAGCACGUUACUGUCGUGUGGAACACAUUCCUGUGACAGCAAACUGCCUGCAUCCUGGAAUUGUAGAUACAAACCUGUACAAACGAGUCUUCUGGGCUCCUUUAGUUUCUGGAAUUUUCUUCAAGACACCCGAGGAAGGAGCACAGACAAGCCUGUAUGCAGCCUUGUCUUCAGACAUGGAGGGUGUCAGUGGUGCCUACCUGGAGGAAUGCACUGUUUCUGAGCCAGCACCGCUGUCAAAAGACCGUGCCUUGCAAGAUAGGUUGUGGAAAGAAACCUGGGCCUGCUUGCAGCCUUGGCUUCCUUCUGCAGCGUCGCCACUUGCUACUCAACCAUUCCUUCGUGCCUAAGUCUCAAAAUGCAGUCAAUAGAUUGGGGGUCCAAGUAGGCUUCAGUACCUUAAACACCUCGCAAACGUAGUCGAGGCUAAGGAAAUUGGCAACGUGAAAUGCACACUUUUGGUACAUUUGACUGGUAGCUUUCAAGUAUUUUCAAUAUGCGCUUUGCAUUUGAUAAACCCUGCCCAAGCUGAACGUUCAUCUGCUUCCAGAGCGAUUGGAGGAUUGUAAUGGAUGAAAGGCGUGACCAGGAUUCUAUUGGAUCUCAGUUGCCCUCUCCGCUUAAGGGACACCAAAGGCAAAUAUUAAGUCAAUGGGAACUGUUAAAAUACCAUUCCAGAAAUGUUGCAGUGCUUGUUCUGUGUUCAGAAAAGGCUUAGUUUAAGACAAAAUUGUGUCUGAAGGGUCUGCAUACCUUUAGAGCAGAGCAAUUCAAAUCAACCACUCCCCGAGCAGGGAGUGGUGUCACGUUGCAUAUGCCAUCAGCACCCUUUCCUGCCAUCACUGCGUAAACCGGCCCCAGAUAGAUGGUGCUACGGUUUAUUGCAUAAAACACAAACACACAGAAACCAAGCCAAGACAGAGCGUUAGAUUCGCUGCUGCAGCUGUUCUUGGGUCAAGUGACAUGGACCAUUCGGGCAUCCCGCAACAUCACAUGGACGUGGAAUUCUCUGCUACUUGCAGUUUGUGUGAGUUUCACGAGCCAGCAAAACCAGAGCAGCACUACAUGAUAACGAAACUACUGAAACACGAAAGCGUGUACAGUGCAGAGUCGAGCAAGAACGAAACCUUUCGGCCGGCUGCAUCGUUGUCAAGGGUAAUGUCAAAAAGUUAUUUUCUUCUAUUACACAACUAGAAGUAGAUGAUUGCAUGCAAUGAAGUGAUCUCUUUAGUAUAAGUGGUCGAGUACUAGUGACAAUUGUAAUGAGGAGUGCCUACGUCAUCAGGCUAGUACAUGAAUGUCACAGGGGAGUCUCAAAUCGUGUUCUGCAUUUACCUCAAUUUCUUGAUUACUAAAGCUCUGUUCAAUAUAAUGACACCAUGGAGGUUCUCGAGCAUUAAUCCAUUGCUUUAGCUUGACUUAAUAUUUGCCUUUAGUGUCUGUAAUGGUAAGAACACCUCCAAGUUCUCUCUGCUGUAGCACAACACUGAAUGAAUCAGGCUAAAGGCUCCAAUCUCUAGAGGACUGUGCAUUGCAGCAAACUGAAUCAGAGCACAGUUGAAACCAUUUGAAUGUAACAUCAGUUGUUAUAUGAAGGGAAGAACAAUUGAACAUGCAAGGUACUAUGACUUGCAGUUGAAGUAUGUUCCAUAUCCACAUAGAAACAUUUUGAUGAUGAUUAUGGCACAGACAUUUUUGCACAGACAAUUUUGGCUGAAGGAAGUUACGUAUGGUUACUGCUUAAACAUUUCACUACUUUUACCCCAUCCAACAUGUUCAACUAAAAGGCAUGUUUAACUAAAGAAUGUUUGGUUGCAUCACUGUCAUAAUGUGAACGGUGUUGUGGGUGUUAUAUCUGCAUUACAAUUGCAUGGUGCCUCGUUUUCAUCUGUAAACUCGUUCACUAACGAUCCAUGUGCAUGUCAUAUGUAGCAGCUCAAGCUGUAUGCUGGCUAUUGUGGCGUUAUGGCAGUAAAGAAUUUCUAUAUUGAAACUGCACCUAGUCAAAACUACGUCUAGAAAACUACUAAUUCUGAUGGCAGUCUAAACUUUUUCCUAGAACUCUCAUUUCUUUCCUUUGUUUUAUCAGUCUGCUGGUGUGCAUGCAGCCAAAUGCCAUAGGCCCAGAUAAUCUUGUUGCUGUUGUUUUUUGUUUGCAUCGCUUGUACCAACAAUAUUGGUCAAGAAUUCGGUGGGUAGUCAAAAUCACAAUAAGUUACAGUUGCAAAAUUGUAGAACUAAUGAAAGUGCCAUUAGAAAGCCUAAAUUGUAUGUUAAUGUUAAAUUCAACAAAAAGAGAUUCAUUCAGGGAGCAUGAGUUGAAAACUACAAGAAAGAAAACGGAAAACAUGGAAACUGCCCUUGUUCAGCAAACUACUCGAGUGCAAAUUUCACCUGUGAAAGAACAAGACAUUGUGGACAAGGUGCAAACCAUAGCAUGAUCAUUCUGUUGAAGCUUAGUGCUUUAGCAUGUUCCUCUUUCUUUCACUGAAAUAUUAUUCAGACUGUUAAGGAAGCAUUUGAACACCUUCAAAGGACCUUAUCUAAAUAAGAAUAGUCUAUCUUGCUUGCAUUUCCGUUCGUGAAAGCUCUGCCCUUGCUACUUUCCUGUCAAGAAUGCUCUGUCAUGCCAUUCGUCACCUUGAAGUACUGGGCAUGCAGCAUUAACGGAAGGCAUGAAAGAUGGAUUACGGUUAUUGUUUGAGGGCAAGACAAGCCCUAUGAGCUUUUCUUAUAGUAUAAUCCUAGUAACGUUUGAAAUGUUCACCCCUAUUAGUAGACAUCAGCAUAUGUGAUCGAUCGGCCAAAAAAUGUUGUGAAAUGCUUGGAGAACAAAAUGGCCUGCUUGGGAAUACGUGUGUGCCAUGCCAUGCUUGCCAUCUGACCGGAACCAAAUGCUGCUAGAAGUUCAACUACUAUAUCAUAGGGCCUUGGAACUUUUUGGCGUGCUGAACUGGGCCUCAUGCCAGAAUAAAUGUGCUGCGAGGCCUUAUUUACAUACUUCAUUAUUAUCAAUGCCAUGUGUUUCUAAAUAAUAAAGCCAUGCCAACGCCCUA